AACUGUUCAGUAGCAGGAAUUUCUGUCUGGAAGUUUGGAUUGGAAGAGGAUCUGGAUCCACUUUAGGUCAGAGGAUCUGGAUCCACUUUAGGUCAGACGAUCGGAUCAUUCAUGAAUCAGAAUGGUUGUUAAAUAAAGUUUUCCAUGCGUAAUGUUCAUGCUUCCCUCGUCUUCAUCAGAAUUUCUCUUCAGAUGUUCAUAAGGACGUUAAUCAAGUUCUGCUUUGUCCAGAACAGAACCCUCUGGUUCUGAUUUGCUGGGUUCCUCACGGUGGGUGGAGGAGCUCAGCUCCACCCUGCUCCUCACCUCAAAGGUCAACAGGUCUCUCAGCCUUUCGGCCAAUAAGAGUCCAGCUUCGACGUCAGCACCUGCACAGGGCCAAUCAGGGUCUGCCAGUCUGGUCCUGGUCCGUUUUGGAGCCCGGAGUGCAGCUGACUGCGGCACAGACCGAGCGGUACCCGGGUGUUCACGCAGGCGCUGCGGGAUGAACUGAGCAUGGAAGUCUGACUCAUGGAGUUCUGAUAAGGCGGGAUGGACACGCGGGGCGUGUGCGCACUCACGCUGCUGCUCGCGUGCGUGUGCCCGCUAAUCUGCGGGGCCAGCUGGAUGGGGCUGGGCCUGACCUCGGCUGGAGUCCCAGAGCUGCCCGGCUGCAGGGGGCUGUCCUUGAGCGACCACCAGAGGGAGCUGUGCCUCAGAAAGCCCUUCCUGGUGCCCAGCUUACGAGAUGGAGCUCGGCUGGCGGUGGCUGAGUGCCAGAACCAGUUCCGACACGAGCGCUGGAACUGCUCCACGUCCUCAGAACCGCCCUUGUUUGGGUACGAGCUCACAAGCGGAACCAAAGAAACCGCCUUCAUCCACGCAGUGAUGGCAGCUGGACUCGUGCACGCCAUCACGCGGACCUGCAGCCAGGGCAACGUGUCUGAGUGUGGCUGUGACGCCCGGCUGCAGAGCGGGGGCUCCGUGACCGAGGGCUGGCACUGGGGGGGUUGCUCGGACCACAUCCAGUAUGGAACCUGGUUCAGUCGCAAGUUCAUCGACAACCUGCCGAAGAACUCGUCUGCCAGGCGUGAGAGCUACACCCUGAGCACCAUGAACCAGCACAACAGCGAGGCUGGACGUCAGGCCAUCGAGCAGACCAUGUCUACCGACUGCCGCUGCCACGGCGUCUCUGGCUCCUGUGCCGUUAGGACCUGCUGGAGGAUGAUGGCGCCGUUUGAACGUGUAGGCACGUAUCUGAAGGAGCGGUACGAGCGCAGCAUCCAAGUUCCAAACCAGUCCAGGAAGAAGCCCCGAAGAAAGGAGCAGUCCCGGCCCGUAGACAAGUACCAGCUGGUCUACCUAAACAAAUCACCCAACUACUGCGUGGAGGACAGGAGGCGGGGCAUUGCCGGCACACAGGGGCGCCGCUGCAACCGCGCCUCUGCCGGGCCAGACAGCUGCAGCCUGUUGUGCUGCGGCCGCGGGUACAACACCCGUGUGGAGCGGCAUGUGCAGCGCUGCGAGUGCAAGUUCGUGUGGUGCUGCUACGUGCGCUGCAGGCGCUGCGAAAGCAUGAAUGACAUGCACACAUGCAAGUGACCCUGACAUGUGCACGCAGCUGCUGCUGUCACCAUUUGAUGAUGUCACCUCCAUGGGCUGGAGGUCAGAUCCUGGACCAGUUCUUCAGAACCAAAACCAUAACCAUUAUUUAUGUGUACAUAUUGUUUUCUCAAUGUGUGUGUCCUGCAGAGCAGACUCUACCGUGUUUUAAGACAACUUCAGAAAUGACGUGUCAGUGAUUACUACGCUCCACGAAUAAAAGAAUUCUGAAUCUGA